UUAUUGAUAAACAGUUGGUCGUUCGACGUUAACUCGUAAAGUAGGUACUAAAUUCGUAAAUCGGAAAUAAAAUAUUGCCGAACACAGUACAGAUCGAAAAUCCAAAUAGUAUUGCCGACUUUUUAGAAUAUUGAUUGAUCACGACGCAUUUUCCGGUUCGGUAGUUGUGGGCAAAUGGUGUAAACGGAUUUAUGCACACGCCGACGUCGAUCGACCUAAUAUUUGAUAACGACCACGACGUCGUAAUGAUGGGUCAACGCUUUUUCACGAGAUAAAAAGUAUACCCACCUUUGGAUUUAAUAAUAAUAUCUGCUUACAUUACGCGUCCGUGUUGCUGGUAACUGGUAAGACGCAUAUUGUAAAAAAAUUCGCCUACAAAUAAGUAGGUUGUCAUUGUACUUAUCUGUUGAUGACCAGCUUUUAACGCCGAUUCUGGUCUGUUGACAAAGUAAACGUUUUUCAGUGUAAUUAGGUAUUUAGGUGCCUACUUACGAUUUCGUUAUGUGCGGUAUAUUUUGUUCAUUCAUUAAAGGGUCAACCGUGUGCAGUGAGAUCAGCAAGUGUAGAUCGUCAUUGCAAAAGAGAGGCCCGGACAUUGGUUCUACUCAUGAAGUUAAUGUCAAUGGAUACACUGCGUUGUUCUCGGGCAACAUAUUGUGGACUCAAGGAGAACGUCCGACCGGACAGCCAUAUGUGGAUCGAAAAGGCAAUGUACUGCUGUGGAAUGGGGAUGUGUACAGUUGGAAUCUGACGAUGAACAAUAGUAUUAAAGACAGUGAUACAAAAAUAAUAUCAGAUUUUCUAUGCGAUGGAGGUAGCAUGGAAUUGCUUAUGACUUCUAUCCAUGGUCCAUAUUCUAUUAUUUAUUACGACUGUGAACAACAAGUUUUGUGGGUCGGUAGAGAUCCAAUAGGACGCAUCAGUUUGUUGUGGAACAUCAGUACAAACAAAUUGAUUGUCACUUCCGUUGGACACAAAGACAUUCCAGAUCUAAAAGAAGUACCAGCCAUUGGAUUGUUCAGAUUUGAUUUGAAUGCAUGCAAACUUGUGCCUCAAUUAUAUCAAUGGUCACACACUCGUUUUGAUUGUGAUUAUGACAUUCCAAAUGAAUUACAAUAUUUUAAACAAACCUGUAUUCAUCAUGUUACAAACCCUGAAGAUUCUAUAUUACAACAAAAUGAUCAAUUAAAUAUGUCUGAGCUAUUAUCACACCAAGAAUUUUGUAAGAAUGUUGAUAGUCUGAUUCACUAUUUGUCACAGUCAGUUCAAAAAAGAACAACAAUCAAUCCAAAGGCUUGUAAAAUGUGCGAGUUCAAAUGUGAUCAUGCAAAAAUUGCUAUUUUAUUUUCAGGAGGCAUAGAUUCAGCAUUACUAGCUCUAUUAGCAUCUAAAUAUGUCGAAUCUGAUGAACCGAUUGAUUUGUUAAAUGUUUCAUUUGAAAAACCAGCAAAUUCUAACAAUUUUGAAUGUCCAGAUAGACAAACAUGUUUAAAUACAUUAGAAGAGUUAAAAACAUUAUGUCCAACUAGACGAUGGAAUUUAAUAAAAAUAGAUAUUCCAAAUGUUGAAUUACAACAAAAACGUUUUGAUACCAUACGCCAUCUCAUUUAUCCUUUAAAAACUGUCCUAGAUGAUAGCCUAGGUUGUUCAUUGUGGUUUGCCUCUCGAGGACUUGGAAAAUGUAAUGGAAAAUCUUAUAAAACCCCUGCUCGAGUGUUAUUGUCUGGAAUGGGUGCAGAUGAGUUAUUAGGUGGUUACACAAGGUACAGAAAAAUUUUACAGCGACAUGGUUGGCAAUCACUAAAUGAAGAAUUAGAUAAAGAUUUUUCCAAAAUACCUUCACGUAAUCUAGGUCGAGAUAACCGUGUGUGUUGUGACCACGGUCGUCAGUUGCGCACUCCAUAUUUAGAUGAAAAUUUUGUAGAAUUUAUUAGAGGACUAGCACCAUGGCAACGGUGUUGGCCAAAAGAACCAUAUCCAAUCAACCUGGGUGAAAAACUAUUGUUACGAUUAGCAGCUUUCAGAUUAGGACUUGUAAAUGCAGCAUGUUUACCAAAACGAGCUUUACAAUUUGGCUCAAGAAUAGCCAAUAAAAAAGAAAAUGGAAAUGAUAUAAGUGAUCGAUUAUAAAUACAUGGAUAAUAAAUAUGGAUUUAUUUUUUAAGCACUUCA